AUGACAAACGCGACAACGGCACAUCGGGAGCUGGCCGAACAUGCCGCUGCCACCGCCCAGCGCGCCCAGCAGGACUCCACGGCCACCGUGGGCCAGCGCCUGCAGGACAUCUACUUCUGGAAGGCUGAGCUCCAGAAGGAGAUUGAGGACCUCGAUGCCGAGACGGGCCUGCUGGCGGCCCAGAAGCUGCGGCUGGAAAAGGCGCUCGAUGCCACCAAGGUGCCCUAUGCCAUUGCCACCGAUAACCUGCAGUGCCGGGAGAGGAGGCAACCCCCGGACCUGGUCAGUGAUGAGGUGGAGAGAGAGUUGCUGAAGGAAGCUGAACUUAUCAGAAAUAUCCAGGAGCUUUUGAAAAGAACUUUGACACAAGCUGGUAACCAGAUGCGAUUAAAUCGAGAUCACAAAGAGGUUUGUGAAAUGGACUGGUCAGACAAAGUUGAAACGUAUAACAUUGAUGAUAAAUGUGGAAGAUACAGUAACCAGAGCACCAACAUCCAGUUCCAUCCUAGUUCAGUGAAGUUUGAAGAGAGUGCCUCAACACCGGAGACAUGGGCCAAGUUCAGUCAUGACAACAUCUACAGGGCAGAACGAGAAAAACUGGCUUCCAUCAAUCUUCGUGCCUUGAUUGACAAUAUUCUUCAUGACGUAUCUGAGGACCUGAGGAUGCAAUGUGCUGCUGUUAAUGAGGCUUUUGCCAAACGCUGUGACGAGCUGGAUGAUACAAAACACAAACUAGAGCAUCAUUUGAAAAAAAUCCUUAAGGAGAUUGGAGAUCAAGAAGCUAACAUUGCUGCUCUCAAAGAAGCUAUCAGAGACAAAGAAGCCCCAAUGAAAGUUGCUCAAACAAGGCUGUAUGACAGGUCUUUUAGGCCCAACAUAGAGCUCUGCAGAGACGAAGCACAAUUCAGGUUGAUCAGUGAAGCUGAAGAACUAACGGAGUCCAUUGAAUCCCUGAAGAAAAAACUGCUGGAAUCUGAACAGUCUCUGAGGAACCUGGAAGACACACGGAUGGAUUUAGAAAAAGAAAUAGCUGUGAAAACGAACAGUAUUUUUAUUGAUAGGCAAAAGUGCAUGGCCCAUCGCACACGCUACCCUGUUGUUCUUAAAUUAGCAGGUUACCAGUAG